ACACGGUCCAUCUUCUAGCAAACACCAUGCAGAUCAAAGUCAGAACCCUCACAGGCAAGGAGAUCGAGCUCGACAUCGACCCAGAAUUCAAGGUAUCACGGAUAAAGGAGCGUGUAGAGGAGAAGGAAGGCAUCCCACCAGUCCAGCAACGUCUCAUUUUCGGCGGAAAGCAAAUGGCUGACGAGAAGACCGCCGCCGAAUAUAACCUCGAAGGAGGCGCCACUUUGCAUUUGGUUCUUGCGCUGCGUGGUGGAUCGGCCUAAGUAUGGCAGUAUAUGGGCAAGGGCAUCAUGAGAUCAACGAUGGGUGCAGCGAUACUGCGAACUAGGCAUAUCACACUGGGGUGAUGAUGAAUGCAGCGAGCAACAUCACCAAGGAUCGUAACACUACUGGAUGAGGAUUGGGGCGUUUGGAUGAUUU